AUGUCCUCCGAGAAGUCCUCCAGCGAAAAGUUGUGGAUGCCACAAGAGGUGGUUCCAGAACAUAUCAAAAAGCUCUUGUCUCCUGCAGACUCAUCGUCUAAAAGAGUAAACUACGUAUUGGCAUUUAUUCAAAUUGUAAGGUUGUUGAAAACUCAAAAGAGAACGGGCUGGGUCGACCACAAAGUUCCUACUGGAGACGUAGAAAGUAUCAGUGACCACAUGUAUAGAAUGUCGAUCAUCUCGUUGCUAAUUACCAAUGAGGAAGUCAACAAGGACAAAUGUGUUAAAAUUGCAAUCGUGCAUGAUUUGGCCGAAACCUUGGUGGGUGAUAUUACCCCAUUUGACGGAGUGGAAAAGUCUGAAAAGAGCAGAAGAGAGUUUGAAACUAUUAAAUAUCUUGCAUCAAUUAUUAAGGAGUAUAACGCCAAGGCCGCAGAGGAAAUUGUGGAAUUGUGGUUAGAUUACGAAGAGAUUAGAUGCCUUGAGGCUAGAUACGUUAAGGACAUUGAUAAGUAUGAAAUGAUACAACAAGCCUGGGAUUAUGAACAGCAAUUUGGCACAAAGCACAAUUUGGAUAUGUUUUAUAGUGCCAGAUCUGCCAUUAAGACCCCUGAAAUCUCCGAACUUACUGAUGAAUUAAUUAAGCAAAGAACCAGCUGGUUAUCGAGCCAGAAGUGA